AUGUACAUCGGUGCCGCUUCCUACGCCUCAUUGUUUGCUACUGCGUUCAGUGGCAGCGGUGCUGUGCCACAGCCGUCACAACUACCCCUUCCAGCCUCAUUGUCGUCGCUGCCAUCGUCGGUAGGGAAACUUGGAUCGGAUGUAGGACUCGGUAGUGUUGCAACGGUGCUGCGCCUCGACGAAGAGACGGGGCAAAUGCAGAUCGACAAAAUUUUUCACGCAGUGUGGGCCUUCAUACUGAGCGUGUUCGAUGUGGUGAAGAAUUGGGCUGUGUGCUGGGGACCAUCUUUGGAUUGGAUUUCUGAAGCGCUAAGCACUUCCUAUACUUUCGUUCAAAAUCACCCUCACCCAUUCCACAUCCUCGGCUGGACGGUGUUCUUUGGGCCUAUAAUCGUUCUCAUUCCAUGCUUGCUAUUAGUCGAGCUGGUGAUCAUCGUAAUUUUUCAUCUAGAGUCAUUUUUGCACGGGCAAAGUGGAGAAACAAUUCCUGACCGCCUCGACUUUCUCAAAGACUACUUCAUCGAGACGCGCGAAUCUGUGUUUGCAACUGUCGAGCGAUGGACCGCAGCGUUCAACCAGAAAACCGUCGCGCACCCUGCACUUCUCGGUGUACGGCUACUCGGAGCUCUGUUGGGCGGCUGGGUGCUAGCUGGGAUUUGGAGCGGGUGGUAG